CGGCCGAGGUUAUUAUUCCUCAUCUUACAGAGGGGGAAACUGAGGCUAAGGAAGUUUAAGGUCACAGCGCUAGUAAAUAGAGCGGGGGCCAAAUCCAGAUCUCCUGGCUCUGGAAGGUGUUAAAUAAAACACAAAGAGGAAAGAAACGGUCCGGGGGAGGGUAAGAGGCGCGCACGCCAGCAGGCAGGUCCCAUCAGGAAAGGAGCGUCCUGUAGUUUCUCGGUCCAGUCUGGCCAGGUGGUUUGGCGAGAGGGAAGCAAUGUGAGGAAGGCAGACGGUGGAGACGUGGACGUGGGCGAGGCCUGGGGUGCGGGGAGCCCCUGUCUCCUCCCCGCAGCCCCUCCACCUCGGAGCCUUACCUUCCUGCUCCGCCUGAGCGCAGGAAACGCGGCGCCGCGUGGUCCCGCGCGGCCUCCGUAGGGACCCCGUUGCCAUGGCUCCCAAGAGCCGGCGCGGACGCGCAGAGACGUGACCGGGCAGCGUGAGGGGUGUCCUGGAGGGUCCGAGGCCCACGCACGGGAGAGGCGCCAUGGGCCGGAUCACAGAAGACCUUAUCAGACGGAAUGCUGAGCACAAUGACUGCAUAAUUUUUUCCCUGGAGGAGCUCUCCUUGCAUCAGCAGGAAAUAGAAAGGCUAGAACAUAUUGACAAAUGGUGCCGGGAUUUGAAAAUCCUCUACCUUCAAAAUAAUCUCAUUGGGAAAAUUGAAAAUGUUAGCAAACUCAAGAAACUUGAAUAUUUGAAUUUAGCUUUAAACAACAUUGAAAAAAUUGAAAAUUUGGAAGGAUGUGAAGGGCUGACGAAACUUGACUUGACCGUAAAUUUCAUUGGCGAGCUGAGCAGCGUUAAAACCCUGCAGCACAAUAUCCACCUGAAGGAGCUGUUUCUCAUGGGAAACCCAUGUGCUGACUUUGACGGCUACCGGCCAUUUGUGGUGGCCACUCUGCAACAAUUAAAGUGGUUGGACGGUAAAGAAAUAGAACGUUCAGAAAGGAUUCAGGCAUUACAGAACUUUCCAGUAAUUGAACGACAAAUCAGAGAGCAGGAGAAAGCUUACUGCCUCAGACGAGCCCAAGACAAGGAAGAGGCCCAGAGGAAACUGCAGGAAGAGAAUGAAAACAAAGAAAAGAAAAGCCACCCAGGUUUUGAUGGAUGUUUGUUCACUGACAUCGCUUCUACUCUCCCACCUUCUGUAGAGAGCAAAGACCGCCUCCAGGCACCAGAAAUGCAAGAAGGGGAAUAUAACAAAAAGAAACUAGAUGACUGUGAGGAUGACCUGGAAUUCUGGAACAAACCCUCUUUAUUUACUCCUGAAUCUAGAUUGGAAACUCUUAGACAUAUUGAAAAACAACGGAAAGACCAAGAAAAAUUAAGUGAAAAAAAGAAGAAAGUGAAGCUGCCCAGGACACUGAUCACUGAAGACGGGAAAGCGCUGAACGUAAACGAGCCCAAGUACGUGAGGCCGUAUGGCGACUUCGAAGCAAAACAUGAUGAAAAACGUAACCAGAUCAUGCUGGACCUUGCUGUGUAUAGGUAUAUGGAUACCUCUUUAAUCGAUGUGGAUGUGCAGCCAACUUACGUGCGAGUGAUGGUCAAAGGAAAGCCAUUUCAGCUUGUCCUUCCGGCGGAAGUGAGACCUGACAGCAGCUCUGUGAAAAGAUCUCAGACAACCGGGCAUUUGCUCAUCUGCAUGCCCAAGGCAGGAGAAGUAAUUACAGGCAGCCAUCGAACGCCGAAGCCUGUGAAAAGUACUUCGGACAGCAGCAUGGAGCAAACAAAAGAAAGAAGCAAGCAAGUUGAGAGGCUAGAAGUGGACCCUAGCAAGCAUUCCUUCCCUGAUGUGGCUAACAUAGUUCAAGGGAACAAACAUGCGUCCCGAAGAGUCCGACCUGAGCCCACAGUUAUACCAAGUGAGGAAGACCCAGACUUUGAAGAUAACCCGGAAGUGCCCCCGUUGAUUUGAAACGUGGGGCUGCAGUGACUGUGACCUGGCAGACCCAGCUUUGCUCAGUGCAGAGACUGUCCGCAUGUCAUUUAGGGGGUGAACCCCGAGUUGUGUGUCAGCAUCAGCACUCCCGUGUUUUAGCUCUUCCCCUCUACAGUAAAUGCUUACGCUAGUUUAAAAUGAAAAGGUGCGCCUUAAGUAUGCUUUAGCUCAUCAUUUGUCUAGAAUGAAGUGUUGGCUAGUGAAAUGUUCAGUAAAUCAUAGGACUAACCUAACGCAGUUAUCCCUUAAAUAACUGAAAACAAUGCUGUUAUGGACUGAAUAUCAUCUUCCCAAUUCAUGUGCGGAAGCCCUAACCCCCUGGGGACUUUGGGCGGUAAUUAGGUUUUAGACGAGGUCAUGAGGAUGGGGCCCCCAUGAAGGGGUUAGUGUCCUUAGGAGAGGAAAGGAGACCACAGUGCCCUGCCGCCCUCCCUCCUUCCACCAUGUGAGGUCUCAGCAAGAAGCCAGCCAUCUGCCAGCCAGGAAGAGGGCCCUCACCAGGAACCGAACCUGCCAGCACCCUGACCUUGGCCUUCCCAGCCUCCAAAGCUGUGAGAA